UAAAACGAGCUGAAAGCACCCUGUUCCUCGACAAUCAAACCUAUAUAUAACCAAGUGAUGGUCAAGUUCGAGACUGGACAAAGUACAGCAUGCCGGUGACCAAUUCAAGAACAUAGGCGACUUUAGAGAUACUGCGAGGGACAACCUUGCCGUCGGGACAUGUUUGUGGACAUACAUUCUUACUGAUCCCAUGCAUUGGUUGAUAGUGUUCUAGGAACCCUCUGUUGACAGCACGGAAUAUUGAAGAAACAUUCUUCCCAGAACCCCUACCUUGUGUUUUCCGACCUGCCUCGUCGUGAACGAGAGACCAAAAGGUGCAAAAGAGCGGGAUUUUGGUGCCACUCAUCUCAGUAAGAGGUUGUGGCAAAGCCAAUCAUGAACUGCUUUGGCUCUCCCCCAGGCGAGGACGUUACCCCCCCACGUUCCAGACGGUCUGCAAACAACAUGGCCGCCAACUCAGCAACACCCCCCUCUGACAGGCGCUUCCUCAUCAUCUUCGACUUUGACGAGACCAUUGUGAAUGAGAGUAGUGAUGAUGUGGUGGUGCAGGCAGCACCAGGGCAGAACCUCCCCGCCUGGCUGAAGGACACAUACCGGCCGGGCCACUACAACGAGUACAUGCAGCGCGUGCUAGCCUACAUGGCAGAGAAGGGCGUGCCCGAGAGCGCCAUCCGCUCUGUCAUCGAGAAGAUCCCCGCCUCUCCCGGCAUGCUGGCCCUGUUCCAGUUCCUCCGCCACCGCCCUCCACAGGACUUUGAGGUGGUUCUGGUGUCUGAUGCCAACACCUUCUUCAUCGAGUCCUGGCUCCGCCGCGUUGGGGCCCGACAGCUCUUCGUCAAGAUCUUCACCAACCCUGCCACCUUCGACAAGGAUGGCCGGCUGGUGCUGCGCCCCUUCCACUCUCACAGCUGCCUGCGCUGCCCGGAGAACAUGUGCAAGCAGGUGAUCUUGAGGGACUAUGUGAUGAGGCGGACGCAGGAGCGUGGGCGGCCGUUCCAGAGGGUAUUUUACGUGGGCGAUGGGGCCAACGACUUCUGCCCGUCACUGAUCCUGGGCCCCCGGGACACGGCGUUCGCCCGGCGGGACUACCCCAUGCACCGGCUGAUCACUGAGAUCCACGAGGCCAGGCCAGGGGAGUUCAAGGCGGUCACUGUGCCAUGGGCCAGUGGGGAUGAUGUGGUGGAGCGACUCAGGAAGCACGCAGAGGAGAAAUAAUGAAUCUAGGGGGGCGGGGGGGUACACCACCUGCUCACACACACCCAUGAACAAAUACUCAAGAGACACACGCAUACACACACCCAUACACACUCAUACACAAAUCACAUUCCCAGAUCAAAUACCCACAAACCCACAUACUGACACACAUCAAUGAAAAAACACCCUACACUCAAGAAUAGAGCAUGCCAAUUGAACAGGCCUUUGAUAUAUUGCCUGCGACAGACAGUGUCACACUUCCGCUCAGUCCAUCUGUCUUACUCUGACUCAGCCAUAGAGCUACUGUAGAGAUACUGUAGUCUUUCAGUCCAUCUCCUCAUACUCUAGGCUUAAGGUCAAUGAAAGAUAGCAACCCAAUAAAAGCAUCACCUCUGUUAAUCAUUACAGAGACCUAUGCCUUAGUUGAUACCCUACCAAUCAGGCCAGUAUUGAGUCAACCAAGCUUUUACAGGGAUUGAUCCUCUUACGCUGGAUUGAGAGGGAAGAGGAACAAACAUACAUCAUUGACUGAAUAGGGGGUUCUGCAGUGAUCCAUUUAGGACUGAUGUAUUACCUGUAUUCCUUUGACACUGAGCUUUAUUGGUUUAUUAACAGUCAAACUAGGUCAGUAGGGCAGCAGAUCAUGUUAGUUAGUGGCCCGUUCUCUGACUCUACCCCUCUCCAGUCCAUACAAUGGCAUUGUCGAUGCUAAAUGAAUGGGUGGCUAUUCCAGUGUAAUUAUUAUCUUAUAUUAUCAAUAAUGAAUGGUGUUGUUUACUUGUUAACAGUGCUCUUUGUGAAAUAGAGAAUUUAUGGCUGAUCAGGGAAAAUGUAAUGUGACAACAUCGCCAUCUACUGGCAGACCUACAUAUUGCAACUGGAGACCAGUUUUAAAGUUUGGGAAAAUAAGUUCAAAUGUAAUGUACCAUAUGGCAUAACUAAAUAUUGUCAUUUUAAAACAUGUAUUAUUUGUGUAUACAUGUCUGUUUUUAAUAUGUACCAUGUACUUGUUCCACCACCAGCAGGAAUAUAAAGCCAUGAAUUUAA